GGUGAGGGCAGGGUGGAUAUUCAUGCUAUCUGCAUCACACCUACGACGUAACAUAAGCGACAGCCCGCCUUAAAUUUGACUGCUUAAGCAGAUGGUUUCAGUCUUCGUAUGAAGUGGAGCCCAAUAUACAGCUCUGAGUUCAUUACUUACUAUAAAUCUGAUCCAGUAUGUCUUACGUAUCAGACAGCUCUAGCCUCAACAAGGCCCUGCGACAGCAAUACCUCAGUCUACCCCAGGGACACUUCUGUCAGGUCACUUACAUCUGGAUCGAUGGAUCUGGAGAGGGUCUGCGAAACAAGACUAGAACCUUGGAAUCAGAGCCAAAGUUCAUUACUGACCUACCAGAAUGGAAUUUUGAUGGUUCCAGCACCGGCCAGGCUAAAGGACACAACAGUGACAUGCUACUGAUUCCGGUCUGCAUGUUUAGGGACCCCUUCCUCUUGGACCCGAACAAACUGGUGCUGUGCGAGGUGCUCAAGCACACCCGAGAACCUGCAGAAUCGAACCACCGUAACCGAUGUAACAAGGUCAUGGAGAAGAUCAAAGAACUUCAUCCAUGGUUUGGCAUGGAGCAGGAAUAUACUCUCCUAGGAGUAGAUGGACACCCUUAUGGCUGGCCCAGACUUGGAUUUCCCAAACCUCAAGGUCCGUAUUACUGCAGCGUUGGUGCUGACCGAGCUUUUGGCAGAGACAUUGUGGAGUGUCAUUAUAAAGCCUGCCUGUAUGCUGGUAUCAAAAUCAGUGGCACUAAUGCAGAGGUCAUGCCUUCUCAGUGGGAGUUCCAGGUGGGUCCAUGUGAAGGAAUAGAGAUGGGAGAUCAGCUAUGGAUGGCACGGUUCCUGCUCCACAGGGUGUGCGAAGACUUUGGAGUGGUGGCCACCCUGGACCCAAAACCCAUGACAGGGGAUUGGAACGGAACCGGCUGCCACGUUAAUGUGAGCACCGUGCAAAUGAGAGAACAAGGAGGAAUUGAGCACAUUGAGAAAGCCAUCGAGAAACUGAGCAAGCGUCACAAAGAGCACAUUCAAGCCUACGACCCGCACGGUGGAGAAGAUAACAAACGUCGCCUCACGGGUCGCCACGAGACCUCCAGCAUCCACGAUUUCUCAGCCGGUGUUGCUAACCGCGGAGCCAGCAUCCGUAUCCCUCGUCAGGUGGGUCAGGACAAAUGUGGUUACUUUGAGGACCGCCGUCCUGCCGCCAACUGUGACCCAUAUGCCGUGACCUGCGUAAUGGCCAUCACAUGCAUGCUGGAAGAAGGGAAAGAUGCCCAUGAGCUUAAAUAACACACUUUUGGAAAAUUAAUAAUUGUUUUAAAUGUUAAAUAGAUGGCACUUUAUCUUGUUGUAAUUGUUAUUUUUGUCUGCAAAUCAUGUUUUAUACUCAUCUACUGAAAGGAAUGUUUUAUGACACAUGAUUUGCAAAUUUGAUGUGUUGCAUUAAAUUAUCAUACACCAAUCAAUCACAUUAGAACCUGACUGGAGUUGACAACAGA